AUGGCGCUGGAGCAGCGACGCUUUGCGGCGUACGCAGCUCUUGCCGAUGCCACCCGCCGCGAGUUGGACGACGAACAGCAGCGCUCUGGAAAGCCUGAAAAACCAGAGGUUCCAGCAGGCUGGAGUUUGGAGCGCAAACCCGGCGAGAUGUACUUCACGAUGCGUAAGACGCACGAGGACGAAGAGAUUCUCAUUCGCUUCCUUGGGAAUGACACGGAGAACGAGGAAACCAUUGCCUUCGAGUUUCUUGCAUUUGUAACAUCCAAGGGUAAGACCUUGAUGUGCGACAUGGCGUUUGAGGACGGUGGGGUCGUCAUGAGGAACAUCUCCUUUUUGAAUGACUCAAAGCUUGCGUUGGACGAGUCGCCAGAGGCGUCGCUGAAGCGCGAGCGCUUGUACGAAGGCCCUGCGUUGGACGAACUGGACGGGGACCUUGUCGACGCCUUGACGAGCUACUUAAAUGACCGGGGUUUAACGGAGGAUGUAUGCAAGUUUAUGGAGGCGUACAGUUUCUGGGCAGAGCAAGCCGAGUACGAGGAGUGGCUGAGUGGAAUCAACCGCUUUGUUUCUUGA